AAUCCCUCAGCCUUAUACAAGCCUCCUUCAAGCUCUCAGUCAGUUGUGCGGGAGAAAGGGGGCGGUCGGCUUUCUCCUUUCAAGAACGAGUUAUUUUCAGCUGCUGACUGGAGACGGUGCACGUCUGGACACGGGAGCAUUUCCACUAUGGGACUGGAUACAGACACACGCCCGGCGGACUUCAAGACGCUCAGACUGAGGAGAAAGCCCUGCCUGCUGCUGCUGCUACUGCUGCCACCGCUGCCUCUGAAGACCCACUCCUUUCAUGGUUUUUCCUGCCAAGCCAGAGACACCUUCGCUGCUGCCGCCUUUCUCUGUGGUGUCAUUCAGCGGCUGGCCAGAGGAUGAGACUCCCCAAACUCCUCACUUUUUUGCUUUGGCACCUGGCUUGGCUGGACCUGGAACUUAUCUGCACUGUGUUGGGUGCCCCUGACUUAGGCCAGAGAACCACAGGGACCAGGCCAGGGUUGGCCAAAGCAGAGGCCAAGGAGAGGCCACCCCUGGCCCGGAAUAUCUUUAGGCCAGGGGGUCACAGCUAUGGUGUGGGGACCACCAAUGCCAGGGCAAAGGGAAGCUCUGGCCAGGUGCAGUCCAAGAAGGAUGAGCCCAGAAAGACGCCCCCUAGAUCCGGUGGCUCUGAAACCAAGCCAGGACCCCCUCCCCAGACUAGACAGGCUGCAGCCCGGACUGUAACCCCAAAAGGACAGCUUCCUGGGGGCAAAGCAUCUUCAAAAGCAGGAUCUGCUCCCAACUCCUCCUUCUUGCUGAAGAAGACCAGGGAGCCUGGGACCCCUCGAGAGCCCAAGGAGCCAUUCCGCCCGCCCCCCAUCACACCCCACGAAUACAUGCUCUCGCUGUACAGGACGCUGUCCGAUGCUGACAGAAAGGGAGGCAACAGCAGCGUGAAGUUGGAGGCUGGCCUGGCCAACACCAUCACCAGCUUUAUUGACAAAGGGCAAGAUGACCGAGGCCCUGUGGUCAGGAAGCAGAGGUACUUGUUUGACAUCAGUGCCUUGGAGAAGGAUGGGCUGUUGGGGGCCGAACUGCGGAUCCUACGGAAGAAGCCCUUGGACGUGGCCAAGCCAGCGGUCCCCGGCAGCGGGCGGGUUGCCCAGCUGAAGCUGUUCAGCUGCCCCAGCGGCCGGCAGCCGGCAGCCUUGCUGGAUGUGCGCUCCGUGCCAGGCCUGGAUGGAUCUGGCUGGGAGGUGUUUGACAUCUGGAAACUCUUCCGAAAUUUUAAGAACUCAGCGCAGCUGUGCCUGGAGCUGGAGGCCUGGGAACGGGGCCGGGCGGUGGACCUCCGUGGCCUGGGCUUUGAACGCGCUGCCCGACAGGUCCACGAGAAAGCCCUGUUCCUGGUGUUCGGUCGUACGAAGAAACGGGACCUGUUCUUUAAUGAGAUUAAGGCCCGCUCUGGCCAGGAUGACAAGACCGUGUAUGAAUAUCUGUUCAGCCAGCGGCGGAAACGGCGGGCCCCACUGGCCAAUCGCCAGGGCAAACGACCCAGCAAGAACCUCAAGGCUCGCUGCAGUCGCAAGGCCUUGCAUGUCAACUUCAAGGACAUGGGCUGGGACGACUGGAUCAUCGCACCCCUUGAGUAUGAGGCCUUCCACUGUGAAGGACUGUGUGAGUUCCCCUUGCGCUCCCACUUGGAGCCCACAAACCAUGCAGUCAUUCAGACCCUGAUGAACUCAAUGGACCCUGAAUCCACACCCCCUACCUGUUGCGUGCCUACACGGCUGAGUCCCAUUAGCAUCCUCUUCAUUGACUCUGCCAACAACGUGGUGUACAAACAGUACGAGGACAUGGUCGUGGAAUCUUGUGGCUGCAGGUAGCAGUGCUGGCCUUCUUGUCUUCCAGGGUGGCCUGUUCAGAGACUACUCCCUCUGCAGGCUCCUGGAAUCACAGAGAGGUUGUGAAGCUGCGGCCUGAAGAAUCCCGGCAGCCUGCGGGAAAAGGUUUUCAGCAGGCUUACUCUCUGGAUGUGAUCUGGGCUUCAGAGACCUUCAUCUGAAGAUUCCUGCCCAAGGAGCAGACUCUGAGUGGGCCUGGGGGCCAGGGAAGGUGUUCUUCAAUGAGACUCAGUUCACCAUCUCUCCUGCCCGGGGCCUCCUCACUCUCCAGGCUCUGGAGAGAAGCGGGAGCUAUAUCCUAAGCUCUGCAUGGGAGAGCUACCAGUGCCAUCUCCUCCAUGAAUCACCUUUGUGCCUUGUGACUUUCUGCCACAGGAUGUUCAUUGCAGGGGCUGGGCAAGAAGGGGGAAAGGACUUGGGCAUGGGUGAAGAGUGUGAGCCUAAAUUAGACUGUUAGAUUAAAAUGUACAUCGAUGAGAUAAAAAAGCUGAAUCUUCGUGGCUAAAA